UGUUCCGCUUACUCUGGAGUAUAAAAGAGGGGAGAAAUUUUACAUCUGUGCCUUUCGGACUUAAUCUGCGAGACGACACAGUAACCAUGAGAGCAGUUGUACUCCUGAUUUCCGUUGCUCUCUGCAGUGCUGGUUACGACAAACAUGAUUAUUCAAGUGGAUAUCAAGUAGGAAAUCAAGGAGGAGUAUAUCCAGCACAUGGAGGAAAUCAAUAUAAAUAUGGUACAUGUCCAAAUCAUGGCACCAAUGAAGCAGACUAUGGGCAUGACUGUUUUCACGAUAGCCAGUGUCCAGGGGUCCAGAAAUGUUGUUACGUAUACUACUCCUUUAGAAGAGUGUGUAUGGUUCCUCAAGAAUAUAGAAAGCCAGUUGGAGCUUGUCCACACUAUACUAACCCAGCCAUAGGUGGAGAUUGUAACCACGAUUAUCAUUGUGCUGCUUAUCUGAAGUGUUGUAAUGGAUUUAGAGGAAAUGUGAACACAUGCACUUUUCCUGUAUUCUACAGUCACAAUUUCCCUCUGGGAGGAGUCGGACCUGUUAGAGGAGUCGGACCUGUCGGAGGAGUAGUAGGAUCUGUCGGAGGAGUAGUAGGACCUGUUGGAGGAGUCGGACCUGUCGGAGGAAUCGGACCUAUCCUUGGAGGCGGUUAUAAGAGAAAAAAUGUAUAUUGAAUAUGCAAAUUUUAUAAAACACAUUAAAGAUAAGUUUGAAGUCUUGUAAAACAAACGAUGCCAACAAAAAUGUAAACUUAACUGUUAGGUGUCUAUAAAGUUUGCAAAUAAACGGUCAUAUGCAUGUG